CUUACGCUCCAGCCGCCCCCGCUUAUAGUGCCCCACCUGCUUACAGUGCACCAAAAGCUUACGCCCCAGCUGCCCCCGCUUAUAGUGCCCCACCUUCAUACAGCGCACCUAAAGCACCAGCCUACCAUGCCGCCAGCUACGCAGCCCCGCCAGCCUACCAUGCUGCCAGUUACUCUGCUCCAAAAGCAUACGCAAAACCUUCUUAUAGCUCUGGUUAUAAUUCUCGUGGCUACCGACAGGUUAGAUCUGCUUCUUAUGGACAAGCAUAUCCACCAUCAGCACCAGCCUAUUCGCCAAAACCAGCAUACCACGAAAAAUCAUAUGCACCAGCAGCUCCACCAAAGGUGUACUCAUAUGAAGUACCAGCUCCAAAAGUAAGCUGUGGCCAACAAUUGCUCAUUGGAUGUCAACCAUCUAUUCAGACCGUUAGCUGUUCUGCACCACCAGCACCGAAAGCACCUGCGUACUCGCCGCCAAAAGCAUAUAGCGCACCCCCAGCAGCACCUCCAUCAUACUCACCACCAGCUGCCCCAGCUUAUUCUCCACCAAAGGCUUAUUCAGCGCCGCCACCAAGUGAGCCAGCCUAUCCAGCACCAGCGCCAUCCUCGAACUACGCAUCGCCUCCUUCAUAUCCAUCCCCUCCUCCUCCGGCAUACAAAAAGUCCUAUUAA